CUCUCCUUUGUCUCCGUGCCUUGUUCUGCGUUCUCGAAGAAACCUCGAAACCCAAAGAAGAGAGAGAGAGAGAGAGAGAGAGAGAGAGAGAGAAGAUGUCUCCCAGGGUCAAAUGUCUCGCCCUCUUGGCCCUCCUCGCCGUCUCCUUUGCCGCCGUCUCUUCGGCGGCGCGCCCCGACCCGGCGUCAUCUGGCGGCGCCGCUUCGACGGCACAGUCUCAGCCUCAGUCGAAGGUCGGUGAAGACUGCGGCGGCGGCGGCGUAGGAGCAGAGGAGUGCUUGAUGCGACGAACCCUAGAGGCUCACCUCGAUUACAUCUACACCCAGAAUCACCACCAUUGAAGAAAGCUUAUUUUCAUUUUUCAUUUUUCUUUUACUUUCUUUUUAUCAUUUUGUUGAUAUAUUCUGUUUUUUAAAUAAUUGUUUUGAAGGAAAAAAGGGUCAAGGCUCCUUUAAUUCUAUUUAACUCAGCAGUGUUGAUGCUUA